AUGAAGUUCAGCUCGGUUGCCCUCCUGCUCCUUGCAGGUAUCGUCAAUGCCAACGCCGCCCCUCUCGAGGAUGCCGACAGCGAAGAGGCCCCCCAGAUCGACGAAGACCUUGUUCCCCAGGAUAAUGGCACACACCUCGUGCCCCGAGCCCAUGGGAAGAAGUUUUCCCUUGACCAGGUCACCAAUGGUCACUACACGCAACCUGAUGGCACUACGGCGAUGUUGCGGGUGUUCAACAAGUACAAGAAGCCAGUACCCAAGAAGCUCAAGCAGGCCAUAGCGGCCAAGAAGAAGGCUACCAAUGACAAGUUCAAGAUGAAAGGCACAGCCUCAGCAACACCUCCCCAGUACUACGAUUCCCAAUACGUCGUCCCCGUCAAGAUUGGCACACCACCUCAGACCACCUAUCUCAACUUUGAUACUGGUUCAUCUGACUUCUGGGUCUUCUCCUCCGACACAUACCUGCCUGACCAGGCCGGCCACAUUCUUUACAAGCCAGAAAAGUCCAAGACCAGCAGACGACUCUCCGGACAGACGUGGAGCAUCGUGUACGGAGAUGGCACCGGUGCCAACGGCAUCGUCUACACAGACAGAGUCCAAGUCGGCAACACAUUCGUCACCAAGCAAGCAGUGCAGUCAGCGACCGAGGUCUCGGAAGGCAUCGCACGGGACAAGUUCUCUCAUGGCAUCGUAGGCCUUGCCUUUACCAGCCUCAACACUGUCCGACCCUCGGUGCAAAAGACGUACUUUGACAACGUCCAGAACAGCCUGUCUCUCCCCGUCUUCACAGCCAACCUGCAAAAGGGCAAGGCAGGCAACUACAACUUUGGCUACAUCAACCAGGGCGAGUACUCGGGGACCAUCAAGUUCAACACUGUCGAUAAGAGCAGCCCCUGGUGGCAGUUUACAGUUGAGGGCUUCCAGAUUGGAACUGGCGCCCCCUACCACAAGUACAAGUACUCGGCCAUCGUCGACACUGGCACAACACUUCUCCUGGUGCCCAACCUCAUUGUCACGGGCUACUACAGGAAGGUCAAGGGAGCCAAGCUUGACCCUAAGCACGGAGUGUGGACAUUCCCCUGCACAUCAAAGCUCCCUGACUACUACUUUGGCAUGGGCACCUACCGUGGCAGGGUUCCUGGGAGCUACAUCAACUAUGGACGUCUCACCCAGGAUACAUGCUACGGUGGCAUUCAAAGUUCCGAAGGCAUUGGCUUCGCAAUCCUAGGGGACAUUCUCCUCAAGGCGCAAUUCGUGGUGUUUGAUCUCCAGACACGGUCAGUGGGAUUCGCCAACAAGAAGACGGUGACAAAGUGA